UUAUUCUGAGGGGCAUUUUUCAUGACCAAAGAAAACCUGCAAAAGCUAUGGCACAAAAUCGAUUAAAAUCACGUUUCCCUCCUUAUUUGCUACAAUUUCGCCUCUGUACUUCGUUUCUACUGUUCAUUCCCGUUCUCUAAUCCCGACUCUCUCCACUCUCCACUCUCCACUAGCCACGUAUCGUCGUCGUCGUCAUGUCGAUUGAGCUUAAACUAUCUCGAUCAAACUGUGUCUACCGCCCCUCUGAUCUCCUUGAAGGCAAGGUCAUCACGAAUUUUCCUUUUUCGAUCUAUCACCAAGGAAUUCGCCUCACUGUCACCGGAACCGUUAAUUUGCAUGUCCGUGGUGGAUCAGCGGGAGUAAUCGAGUCUUUCUAUGGCGUUGUAAAACCUAUCUCCAUCAUGAAUAGAAGUGUUGAGAUUAGAUCUUCUGGGAAGUUAGGUUCAGGUGCAAAUGAGAUACCAUUCUCCAUUACUCUGAGACAGCAAGGACAAGAUAAUUCUGAAACAUUUUACGAGACAUUCCAUGGAGCGAAUAUCAGCGUCCAGUAUCUGAUAACUGUAGAUAUAAACAGAGGGUACCUACAUAAAUCCUUAUCUGCUACCAUGGAAUUCAUAAUUGAAAGUGAAAAGUGCAAUCUUCUUGAGGCACCUGUUUCUCCGGAAAUGAUUGUCUUUUAUAUUACUCAAGACACACAAAAUCAUCCAUUACACCCUGAGCUGCGAUCAGGUGGAUUCCGGAUCACAGGGAAAAUCUCCACUCAAUGUUCUGUGUUGGAUCCUAUUAAUGGUGAGCUGACAGUAGAAGCAUCUGCUGUUCCUAUAUAUUCAAUUGAUAUUCAUUUACUCCGAGUGGAAUCCAUUAUUGUGGGAGAGAUGAUUGUCAGUGAGACGUCUAUAAUUCAGACUACCCAGAUAGCAGAUGGAGAUGUUUGUCGUAACAUGACUCUACCGAUCUAUGUUAUACUUCCACGUCUUUUGACUUGUCCAACAGUCUUUGCUGGUCCAUUUUUGAUUGAGUUUCAGGUAUCCAUCGUUAUCAGUUUCUGGUCAGAUCUAUCAAAACUGCAGCCAAAAUCUGAUCCCAAAACUCCCAGACUCUGGCUUGCAAGGGAGACAGCAUCACUGGAGUUGGUUCGAACAAAGUGUGACUGGUUGUAGUGGUAUCUUCCCAAUCAAACUUUUUCUUUGCCACACUACAAUGUAAAUGCCAUUUUCGUUCGAACUACAGAUACUUGCAUAAACUUGUACUAAUUAUGUUUAGGGAGAGGGAUCAACAUAUUGGCAUCAAACUUGCCUGGGGGAGAGAGAAGUUUCAAUGGGUGUUGAUUCGUAUAUGAGAUCCCACAUCAUUAAAUGAAGAUAGAGGUGGUAGGGAGCUUGUGCACCGUGGUUACCUGCUCACCUGCCUGUAUUUUCCUUUAUUUUUAUUUCAUUAAUAAUAAAAAAGCCGAAAUUUAUCUUUUGA